GUGUCCAACUCGCUUGCAGAAGGUUCGUGUGCUUUCCUCCUGAAAAACUUUUUCUUUUUCCUGUGAAAAAGCUUUUGUUUCACCAGCAAAUUGGAUUUUUGUGCUUUUUGGGGAUUGUGGGUGCGCUCAAUUUGUGAAAAAUGUUCUCAGUGCUGUUCCUUUGUGAGGAAUUUGUGAUUUUUCCCGCGAAAGCGCCCCCAGGAAAGCUUGUGGGCUGAAAAGGGAAAAAAAGUGGAAAAAGUUCAUCAAGUUCCUAAAAUUAAUAAAGUUCUGAAGCUUUGAGGACUUUCAGGAAGCUCAAAUCUGAGGAAAAACCCGGAAAAGCUUAGGAUUUUCUUGCUUUUCUACUCGCCCCAUUUUUCUUUCACCCCCAUCCCCGUGGGAAAACCCAGAUUUUCUCACCAUUUUUCCGCUGUAAAAAGUGCCGAGAAAAACCUCAGAGCCCUGGAAAAUUUUUAAGCAGAACAAAACGAUUGCUAUUUCUUCUUCAAUAUUUAUCAAAAAGUGUUCGAAGUUUUCUUUCUAAAAAGAAAAUCUGAAGAAAAAUCUGUCGGAAAAAAAUCUUUUGGGGAAAAUUUUACCCCCAAAUACGCAACUCAGUGCUAAUUAUACGAAAAGAGGGGUUUAUCGUGCUCAUGUGAGGAAUAACGGAAUAACAAAGGAAAAUAUGGAUACGAUUCGAGUGAUAAGGAUUUUUUUUAUGUAGAAUUGCUCUCCUGUGCAUAUUUUCAUAAAAUAUGCUCUCCAAGCUGUUCCCCCAUUUUAACAGUCAAGCCAAGAGUGCUAAACCCUCCACCCACCACAAUGUUGGGGUUAAAGCAGUUUGUUACCCCACAUCUUGCUCCACAUUGUCAGUGUUAUGCGUUCUAUGUAAUUACAUUAAAUUGCAUUAUGCAGCUUCUCCUUAUUUCGUCAUCCAAGAGGAAUUUAAUUACCCUUAUCUCGUGUUCUAUUUGAAUUAGAUGAGCGGAAUCUUGUUUGAGAUUUUAUUCAGCGAAGAAAGAUCUUUUUCUUAUCUUUAUCUGUUUGUCUUUUUAUGAGAAUUUUAUCAUAAUCGAUUUUAAGAUCCUUUUAUGUUCUUAUCGUAAAUUCGAUUUUUUAUUGCAAUAAAAGUUUUUUUUUCUUCUUUAAAUUACUUGAUCCGCUAAUCAGUUAUCUUUCAAUAAGCUUUUAGAGCUUUCAACCCCUUUUUUAAUAAAAAUUCAGCCCCUCAUAAAACUUCUGAAACUUAUAGAAAGAAAAUUAAGGUGAUUCAUGAUUUUCCAUCGAAAUGAAUUGCUCCAAAAAGAAAUGAGAAAGUUAAUUACAUAAUAUGCUUUUUGUUCCAAAAAAAGUAAUCCUAAAUGCCAAGGAUAUUAAUUACAUACCAAGAAAAGUUUGUAAUAAAUUAACUCCAAAAAUAUAUAUUUACUUCGUAUGGCUUCCAAAAUCUUGAUUUAUAUAUAAUCUUGUGAUAUAAAAUCAAUUCAUUUUCACGCAAAGAAAAGUUUUCUAUAUAAGAAUUUUCUAUGGUAUAGGCAUUAGAAGAAAAAUUUUCUAACUAAUUAGGUAUAUGAAGAAGCUUCAUAAAAAGAAUAUUUUAAAAAUGAAUAAAGUUCCAUAAGAAUUCCAUUUAGAUUUAAUUAAAAAAAAAUUAAAUUCUAAAUUAUUUUUUUUUUACAAAAGUCUUUAGUCAGAGCGAAAAGUCGUAAAAGUUUCAACCCACAGUAAUGAAAAUUCAUCAAUUCAACCCCUAGUUUGAGCCAACAACGUUUUCUAACCCUCCUGUGCCCAAGUUGUACUUGUCGGUUUUCAUUUAAAUUGAAAUUUCCUCAAAUUCUAAACUUUAUGAUCUCUAAAAUUUAAAACUUCACAAGCAGAGUUCAUUGUAGUUUAAUCGGUGCAUUGUGAUUAAACUAAUUAAUGCAGCUUCACUAGCAGAACUGCAACUUUCUUCAAUCUUGCUCCUUCUGUGCUUUUGAUAAAUGCUAAAUUGAGUCAAACUUCUAUUGUAGCUUCUAUAGGGGAGUUUCUCUAUUGUUUUAAAAUAUGUAACUUCUUUUAUGGGAGAUUCGCCACAAGUUUAUUGACAAAGUGCACUGCAAAGUUUUCGUUUCAACCCCAUUCAGCCCCCCCUAUGCUAUACCCAGCAUGAAUAUUCUAUGAACCAUAUUGAUUUUCACUAUGCUAUGUGAAAGUUUCAAUGAACGAUUUUCGGCGGUGUGGUGUGUGUAGCAUGAUUUUUUAUGGGUCAAAAGACGAUGAGGAAGUUCCUAAAAAAAAUAUCGAUUGCCUGAUAAAUUUCUUCCUUCCUUGAGAAAUAUUUAUUCCAAGUGAAAAUGUUGGAUUUUUUUCUCAUUCUUGCUGAGCCCCCCAAAGUUAUUAUUGUGCGUGCGCGAUAAAUGUGAAUAAGUAACACAUUUGAAUACAUUUUUGUCGCGCGCAAAAAAGUAAGACGGGGGCACAGUUCUUCAUACCACAACACAAAUUCCUCAUUUAAAUUCAGCACUGAGAAAGAAAUUUAUUUUUUCUCAUUUAGUGUGGCACAGAGCCUGCAAUAUUCUCACUAAAAGGGAGUGUGUGUGAAAAUCAUUUUUUUUUCAUAUUUUUAAAUAAUAAGGAAAAAAAUUAAUUAACAAAUGAUAAUGCUUCGUAGUUUUCAACAUAAUCAAAAAGUGUUCAAUUUUUCAAUCGAAAAUGCUUGUUAGUUGUAAUUUGAUGUGAAUGUUUUCUUUUGUAAAGCACAAAAUUUAGCAUAGAGAGACUUCUUAAGAAAAUAACGAGCGAAUCCUCUCGCGUGUGGAAAUAGAAUAAUAAAAGGAGUGUCUGAUAGGAGAUUCUGAGACAGUGAUUAGCUGCAGUAAUAAAAAGAAAAAAAAAAGAAGAAGCAAAAGGAGGAGGACAUUAUUGUAGACACUUUUGGGGUAUCCACAUGCUGGACCCAGAAGGAAGAAAUUGAAGCGCCUCAAGCUUGCUUUAGGAAGCAAAAAAAAAAAUAAGAGAGAGGAGGUGGUGGAAAGUUUGUCGUCUUCGAGAGAGCAACAGCUAAAAAAAGUGUGUAGUGAUGUGUGCGACAAUUGCGUGAACAACUGAUGAUGUUCAAUGUGUGGGAAUCAAACGAGAGACAAUAGUGCACAUGAGUCAUCAUCCACGACAUCAGUGUCAAUCAUCAAAAGCAGGGGAUGUCGGCUUGUGACGAGAAACUUGGAGUUGAAGCAACAACUGAGCCACCAACCAUCGAUGACUGCCUUCAGGUGCGCAAGUGGUGGUGCUUCCUGCUCUCCAGCAUCUUCACAUUCUUCGCUGGCUUAUUCAUUGUACUCCUUUGGCGGGCAUGUGCCUUCAUAUGCUGCCGCAAGGAACCCGAAUUGGGACCCAAUGAUCCCAAGCAGAAGGAGCAGAAGGCCUCCCGGCAAGGGAAGCAGGAGUUUGAGGGGACUUUUAUGACAGAAGCAAAGGACUGGGCUGGUGAACUCAUUUCUGGACAAACAACAACUGGACGAAUCUUGGUGGUACUUGUGUUUAUCCUCAGUAUUGCAUCUCUUAUUAUUUAUUUUAUCGACGCUUCGAGCGAAGAAGUGGAGAGAUGCCAAACAUGGAGUAACAACAUUACACAACAAAUCGAUUUGGCAUUCAACAUAUUUUUUAUGGUUUACUUUUUUAUACGAUUCAUAGCGGCAUCGGAUAAACUUUGGUUUAUGCUGGAGAUGUAUAGUUUCGUAGAUUACUUUACAAUACCACCGUCCUUUGUAUCCAUAUACUUAGAUCGUACAUGGAUCGGUCUGCGUUUCCUCAGAGCGCUGCGUCUUAUGACCGUUCCGGAUAUUUUACAAUAUCUCAACAUACUCAAAACAUCUAGUUCCAUUCGAUUAGCCCAACUCGUAUCGAUAUUCAUUUCUGUGUGGUUAACAGCUGCUGGAAUAAUCCAUUUGCUGGAAAAUUCCGGUGAUCCCCUAGAAUUCAACAAUCCUCAGCAACUCUCCUACUGGACAUGUGUCUACUUUCUCAUUGUAACAAUGUCAACUGUGGGGUAUGGUGAUGUCUAUUGCGAAACAGUCCUUGGUCGAACAUUUCUUGUGUUCUUCCUCCUCGUCGGUUUGGCGGUGUUUGCAAGUUGGAUUCCAGAAAUCACAGAACUGGCGGCCCAGAGGAACAAGUACGGGGGUACAUACAACAAGGAUAUUCGAAAAAGACAUAUUGUCGUCUGUGGGCACAUAACGUAUGAGUCAGUGUCGCAUUUCCUGAAGGAUUUUUUACACGAAGAUCGUGAAGAUGUUGACGUCGAAGUGGUAUUUUUACAUCGCAAGGAGCCUGAUCUGGAGCUCGAAGGACUUUUAAAACGGCACUACACGACUGUGGCGUUUUUUCAGGGAACUAUGAUGAAUGCUGUUGAUUUGGAACGAGUUAAGGUACACGAAGCUGAUGCCUGUUUAGUGCUAGCGAAUAAAUACUGUCAAGAUCCGGAUGCAGAAGAUGCUGCCAAUAUAAUGCGUGUGAUAUCAAUUAAAAACUACAGUGACGACAUUAGAGUAAUUAUUCAAUUGAUGCAGUAUCACAAUAAGGCGUAUUUGCUGAAUAUUCCAUCGUGGGAUUGGAAGCAAGGAGACGAUGUGAUUUGUCUGGCAGAAUUGAAAUUGGGUUUCAUUGCACAGAGCUGCCUGGCCCCGGGAUUUUCCACCAUGAUGGCCAAUCUCUUUGCCAUGAGAUCAUUCAAAACGUCACCAGACACACAGGCUUGGCAAAAUGACUACCUUCAGGGUACAGGCUGUGAGAUGUACACUGAAACCUUAUCACCUUCAUUUACCGGCAUGACUUUCCCACAAGCGAGCGAAUUGUGCUUCACAAAAUUGAAGUUGUUACUGUUGGCGAUAGAAAUUAAGGGAACCGAAGAUGGAUCAGAUAGUAAAAUAUCGAUAAAUCCUAGAGGGGCGAAAAUUCAAGCGAAUACCCAAGGAUUUUUCAUUGCUCAAAGUGCCGAUGAAGUGAAAAGGGCUUGGUUCUAUUGCAAAGCGUGUCACGAUGAUAUUAAGGACGAAACACUCAUCAAGAAGUGCAAAUGCAAAAACUUGACUGCUCAGCCAAGGACCAAAUUUGGUGACCUAGAUGUCGGCAUGAUUAUGAUGCAAACAGGAAUGGUCAAGCAAGGCGUUAAUUCUGCCUGCCACACAUUCAUCGAUGAUGAUCAUCAUCCCGCCCCGACGUUCACCCCACCGGAACUUCCGAAACGGGUGCACGUUCGUGGAUUAACAUCGGGCGAGAUCACAAGGGACCGAGAGGAUAUUAAUUUAAUCAAUCGGAAUCGACGCAAUGCUCAGCUUUCCCAAAAUCAAACGGGGGCCCCCGCGCCUCCCGGAUGGCAACUUGGGAAUUCCACAAAACAAGUUAACAAGGUGAAACCGAAUGUAAAUCGCCAACCGCCGGAAAAUGCAGUUUCCCCAUCAAAUUACAAUGCAACCACACGACCUGCGGAAACUGAAGCUAAUCCAUACGCGGGCUAUCAACUUGCUUACGAAGUGAAAAAACUCAUGCCCACGAGCCGGGGAAGCGGAAGUGGCACGCAAUCGGGUACGAAUGGUGUUUCAAUGCCAGCGGGGAUUGCAGAUGAUCAGUCGAAGGAUUUUGACUUUGAGAAGACGGAGAUGAAGUACGAUUCAACGGGAAUGUUUCAUUGGAGUCCUGCCCGAAACUUAGAAGACUGCAUACUGGAUCGAAAUCAAGCGGCGAUGACUGUUCUAAAUGGACAUGUUGUUGUCUGCCUGUUUGCUGAUCCAGAUUCACCAUUGAUUGGACUGCGGAAUCUUGUGAUGCCACUGCGUGCGUCAAAUUUUCACUACCACGAACUGAAGCACGUGGUUAUUGUGGGUUCUGUUGAUUACAUUCGGCGAGAGUGGAAAAUGCUGCAGAAUCUACCCAAAAUUUCAGUCCUCAAUGGUUCACCACUGAGUCGAGCUGACUUGCGAGCGGUGAAUGUUAACUUAUGUGAUAUGUGCUGCAUCUUGUCGGCCAAAGUUCCUAGUAACGAUGAUCCAACGCUCGCCGAUAAGGAAGCCAUCUUGGCGUCCCUCAACAUUAAAGCCAUGACUUUCGACGAUACGAUCGGGGUCCUAAGUCAGCGUGGCUCUGAACUCGAUAAUCUCAAUACGGCAGGAAGUCCAAUUGUUUUACAACGACGCGGUUCAGUUUACGGAGCCAAUGUGCCAAUGAUUACAGAAUUGGUCAACGACAGCAAUGUACAAUUUUUGGACCAGGACGAUGAUGACGAUCCCGAUACGGAAUUGUAUUUAACACAGCCAUUUGCUUGCGGGACAGCGUUUGCUGUUAGUGUACUAGAUUCCCUUAUGUCUACAACAUAUUUCAACCAAAACGCCUUAACGUUAAUACGAUCGCUGAUCACUGGUGGAGCGACGCCAGAACUGGAACUGAUCCUUGCGGAAGGUGCGGGUCUACGUGGAGGCUACAGUACGCCUGAUAGUCUUAGCAAUCGAGAUAGAUGCCGCGUGGGACAAAUUUCACUGUACGACGGGCCACUGGCGCAAUUUGGUGAAUGUGGCAAGUACGGUGAUCUCUUUGUGGCUGCCUUAAAGUCAUAUGGAAUGCUGUGCAUCGGUUUGUACAGAUUCCGUGACACAAGUUCCAGUUGUGAUGCCAGCAGUAAGCGCUACGUGAUUACAAAUCCACCAGAUGAUUUUUCACUACUGCCAACAGAUCAGGUCUUCGUUUUGAUGCAAUUCGAUCCGGGAUUGGAAUACAAGCCGGCAUCGUCGCGAGCAACGACCGGAGGUAGAAAUACAAACACGCAGGGCUCAGGCGUAGGUGGGGGUGGCUCCAACAAAGAUGAUAACUCUUGACUGUUGUUGUGUAGCGCCCUGACUGAUGGUCCCUACUCUUAUAUAUGAACAACAUGGAUUCUGGAUGGUGCUUUCGCUCGCUUUCUGCUCAAUGCGAUUAUCAACUUUUAUUGUUCAUUCGAAUGGUGCCUAGGGUGGGCCCUUAGGCGUCGAGACAGGGACUAGAUCGUUUUUUUUUUGUCAUGUUAAAAUUCAGGAGCAGGGUAGCUUAAUAUAGGGGAAGACAGUGUUGGUGGAUGAACAAUAAAGUCUUGAACGCAUUGAGCACAAAUCGAGCGAAAUGAUUGAUUUGAUUCCAUUCUGCAUUCUUUUUCUUCUUCCUCAAGAAAAAAUGUUAAUUUAGGCACAAAAUGGAGCUUUAGGUGGAGAAAAUGAAUUUGAGAUAAAAGAAAAUUUUCAAAAAGAAAUCAACACAGAAGAAUAGAAUGAAGAAUGGAAUCAAGUCAAAGAGAAUGGAUUAGUGAAGAAUGUUUUCAAAAAUACAAGAGAAAUUAAUGAACGAUGGUUGUUCAAUGUAUAAAAAUUGCUUCCCACACCAUUCCGUAUUAAAAGAAAAGAAUUUUUUUUUUCUAAUUUUAAUUUGCUUCGUUUUCUAAAAUAUUUAAGACAAGGGAAUUAUUUAGCAAAAAAUCCCUUUUAGACUUUUUUCUUUAGCAUAAAAUUAUCUUUUAGAUGAUUUUCAUUUUUAGUCAUAAUUUGCUUCUUAUGUAGAUUUUUUUUGUUGUUCAAAAAAAUAUUGAAAUAUAUUUUGUCCUUGAGUUUUUAGUUAGUCUAUGUGUUAAAAAAAAGAUCAAAAUAUGUUACAAAUUUUAUGUUUGAAUAAAUUUCUUAUUUAUUGAGUUGA